ACAGGCAUUUAUGCACAUAGAUGUCCACGAUGUCCACGGGAACGUUUGUUGGGCUGCUGGCAAUAUGUGCCGUCGCUCAGUGCCAGCUCUUUGAUGCUCUGUACACAUACGUCUUGGGAAAAGCUGCUGGUACCACUAUCCCAAUGACGAGCAGUAACCAGCCAGUCAAUGUAUCCAUAGGGAUGUCCCUUAUACAUCUUACCUCAUUGAAUUCUAAGUCAGGUGAUGCUGAGCUCGAAGUAUGGAUGAACUUCGGAUGGACAGACACAAGACUGUCGUGGGACCCCACAACUUUCAACGACACGACUGUUAUCCGUCUGCCAGCAUCUAGAAUCUGGAACCCGGAUGUUCUGCUCUUCAAGGGACACACAAGCAGCCCUGAAACCUUGACUCAGGUGGACAACAGAGGAGGUGUCAUGUAUAUGCCACCUACCACUUUGAAGACGUGGUGUUACGUCGGGAACUAUACUUCUGACGGCAGCGUCACUUGCAGACUUAAAUAUGGAUCUUGGGCUUAUGAUGUCUCUGUUCUCAACGUAGUUGAGUCGUCGAACGAAGUGGACCUCUCGAACUACGACUCGGAUGGGACAGAGUGGGAGUUGACUGAGCAAAAGGUGGAACGUAAGGUCACGCACUAUGCAUGUUGUUCAUAUACGGACGUAGUCUUCAGCCUCACCUUCAAGGAGAAGGGAAGGCGAAACAGCGUAUGGAACAUAUUUGACUAAUCUUAAAGUUCAAGUCGUCUGGAAGAGG